ACCAAUCAGUGCCGGCGCUGCAAGGAAGUUUCCAGAGCUUUCGAGGAAGGUUUCUUUAACUCGAAUUCAUCCGCCCGAUAAUUUUCUUAUAUUUUCCUAAAGAAGGAACAGAAGCGCAUAGAGGAGAAAGGAAAUAAUUUUUUAGGAUCCUUUCUUACGGCUAUGAGGAAUUUGGGGCUCAGUUGAAAAGCCUAAACUGCGUCUCGGGAGGUUGGGCGCGGCGAACUAUUUUCAGCGGCGCACGGAGACGGCGUCUACGUAAGGAGUGAUAGAUGACGCAACACUCGUUGCAUAAAUUUGCGCUCCGCCAGCCUGGAGCAUUCGGGGCGGCUGGCUUUGUUGGGUGAGCUUGGUAAGGUGUACCUGUGGCAGGACGUGGUUGUUGAUUCGCAGCUUCUUAGUAUCCGCUAAGAGGUCAAAAUGCAGAUCUUCGUGAAAACCCUUACUGGCAAGACCAUCACCCUUGAGGUGGAGCCCAGUGACACCAUCGAAAAUGUGAAGGCCAAGAUCCAGGAUAAGGAAGGCAUUCCCCCCGACCAGCAGAGGCUCAUCUUUGCAGGCAAGCAGCUGGAAGAUGGCCGUACUCUUUCUGACUACAACAUCCAGAAAGAGUCGACCCUGCACCUGGUCCUGCGUCUGAGAGGUGGUAUGCAGAUCUUCGUGAAGACCCUGACCGGCAAGACCAUCACCCUGGAGGUGGAGCCCAGUGACACCAUCGAAAAUGUGAAGGCCAAGAUCCAGGAUAAAGAAGGCAUUCCUCCCGACCAGCAGAGGCUCAUCUUUGCAGGCAAGCAGCUGGAAGAUGGUCGCACUCUUUCUGACUACAACAUCCAGAAGGAGUCAACCCUGCACCUGGUCCUACGUCUGAGAGGUGGUAUGCAGAUCUUCGUGAAGACCCUGACCGGCAAGACCAUCACCCUGGAGGUGGAGCCCAGUGACACCAUCGAAAAUGUGAAGGCCAAGAUCCAAGAUAAAGAAGGCAUCCCCCCUGACCAGCAGAGGCUCAUCUUUGCAGGCAAGCAGCUGGAAGAUGGCCGCACUCUUUCUGACUACAACAUCCAGAAAGAGUCGACCCUGCACCUGGUCCUGCGCCUGAGGGGUGGCUGUUAAUUCUUCAGUCUUGGCAUUCGUAGUGCCCAGUGAUGGCAUUACUCUGCACUAUAGCCAUUUGCCCCAACUUAAGUUUAGAAAUUACAAGUUUCAGUAAUAGCUGAACCUGUUCAAAAUGUUAAUAAAGGUUUCGUUGCAUGGUA